CUGAGGAAGCAGACGGGAGGCGGACCGCGCGCCACACACACACACACACUCACACACACUCCCAGCUGACCAUGGCAGACAACAGGAUGGGUCCGAACCUCCAGGCAGGAGCCGGAUUCCUCGCCAAACGGGUCCAGAAGUCGCUGAAUCGAGCCCAGGAGAAGGUGCUCCAGAAACUGGGAAAAACCAUGGAGACCAAAGACGAGCACUUCGAGCUGUGUUCCUUCAACCUCAACAAGCAGCAGGCCGACGGCAGCAGGCUGUUCAAAGACUUCAGGGCGUACUACGCUGCAGUGAAAGGCGUCCACGAGACGUCCAGACGUCUGUCCCAGACGCUGAGGGACGUGUACGAGCCGGACUGGAUGGGAGCGCAGGACCUGGGCGUCAUCACGGAGAGUGAAGAUUUACUGUGGAACGACUUUGAGGAGAAGCUGAAUGACCAGAUCGUCCGCACCAUGGAGAACUACACCAGCCAGUUCCCCGAGGUCAAGGAGCGAGUGGCGAAGCGCGGACGCAAGCUGGUGGACUACGACUCGGCGCGUCACCACCUGGAGGCGCUGCAGGGCGCCAAGAAGAAGGACGAGGCCAAGAUAUCCAAGGCCGAGGAGGAGUUCAACAAAGCCCAGAACGUCUUCGAGGAGAUUAACAAGGAGCUGAGGGAGGAGCUGCCCGUGCUCUAUCAGAGUCGAAUUGGCUGCUAUGUGACGGUCUUCCAAAACAUCUCCAACCUGAGAGACGUCUUCUAUAAAGAAAUGAGCGUGCUGAACAAUGAGCUGUAUAACGUGAUGAAGAAACUGGAGAAUCAGCACUCGGGUAAAGCCUUCAUCGUCAAAGGUCUGAACAGCAUGACCACCAAGUCCAAAAAGAGAACCUCCCUGGUUAUUUCCAACCCCAUCCCCUGCAACACGGCUUUCCCCGCCGACCACGUCUCCAUUAAGUCCUCCAACCAGAACGGCAAGGACUCGGCUCCCGCCGCCGUGCAGAGGACCCAGAGCACCUCCGAGGACAGCAGCCUCCCCUCCAAAGACAGCAGCUCGUCGGAGUCCGACCUCAGCUCCAGCGGCGCCCACACGCCCAAGAGGCGAUCCACGUGCGACGACGAGGCCGCCGCCAAGGACGGAGACGGCCAGAGCCCAGAGGAGACGGAGAGCCAGUCUGAAGACUCCGGGGUCGGAGGGCAGCCGUCGGAGGCCGCGAGUCAGGAGGCCAGCAGCAUCUACGAGUCGGCCCCAGAGAGCCCUGAUGGGGACGCUGCCGCCGAUCCUCCACCCGGGGAAGACCAGGCCAAGUCUCCGUCAGAGGAAGACCAGGCCAAGCCUCCGUCAGAGGAAGAGGAGGUCGAACCUCCGUCAGAGGAAGAGGAAGUCAAACCUCCACCUGGGGAAGACCAGGUCGAACCUCCGUCCGGGGAAGAGGAGGCCAAGCCUCCACCCGUUCCGGCCCCUCGAGUCUCGUUCUGUUCCGCUCAAAAGCCCUCGCUCAGGUCUGCUGGCACACCGGAGGAGACGGAAGAAGACUCGGUCCACCAGGAGACAGCAGAGGACUCCCAGAAUCCACCGGGCUUUCUUUACAAGGCGGUGGCGCUGGAGAGCCACGCAGCUUCUGAGGAAGGCCUCCUUCAGUUUGAGCAGGGAGACGUCAUCCUGGUGCUCCAGGCCGCUCUGCAGCAGGAGGGUUUCCUGACGGGGAUCAGGGAGGAGAGCUGGAAGCAGCACCGCCGACUAGAAGGCCACUCUGGGAUCUUCUCGGAAAAACUCGUCCAGCCAGAGUGAGGCAAGAGCCGGUCCUCGGCCUGCAGCGCGCUUCCUCAGUGACUCUCACACACACACACACACACACACACACACACACACACACACACACACACUCUGAGUCACGCAGAGGGAGGGAGCCCAUAUGUUUUGGGUGCAGAAGCUGCACAAACAGAUGAGCGCAGUCCUGCGUGCUUUCAAACAUCCCAUGAUGCAACUUGUGGAACAAAAAAGAAAAAAAAAAAAAAAAACGAGCUGCAGAACAUUUCGUAA